AACAGCGAGAGGCACCUGCUCAGGACCCCCAGCGCCGUCACGUGACGGCCGUCCUCCGCUGCCCCUUUCCAGCCACAAGGUGUCACUUGAAUGAAUGAGAAAUGCGGGGGUCCGUGACGCUAUGCUGACGUCAGCAGUGACGCCAGACACCCGGAAGCGGAGUGCGCUCAGUGGAGCUGCGGGCGGCGGCGGUGGUUGUUGUUGUUGGCGGAAGUCCCAGGUGCGUCCCCGGCACCGCGUCCAUCCACGCGCAGCCCACCGCGGUACGGCAGUUGCUUUUUCUGCACCAUUCUGUCCUGGUGAUUGUUUACAGGUUAUGACGACUAAUCUCAAACCAAACAAGGCAUUAAAGGUAAAGAAGGAGGUGGGAGAGAACGCCCCAGUGUUAAGUGACGAUGAACUCGUGUCCAUGUCUGUGCGGGAGCUAAACCAGCACCUCCGAGGUCUCUCUAAAGAGGAUAUCAUCCGCUUAAAGCAGCGUAGACGUACACUCAAAAACCGUGGCUACGCUGCCAGCUGCCGAGUAAAACGCGUCACCCAGAAAGAAGAGCUGGAGAGGCAGCGAGUGGAAUUGCAACAAGAAGUGGAUAAGCUUGCGCGGGAGAACUCCAGCAUGAAGCUUGAGUUAGAUGCUCUACGUUCCAAAUACGAAGCCCUCCAGACCUUUGCCCGCACGGUCGCCAGGGGCCCCAUCACUCCGACCAAGGUUGCCACCACCAGUGUCAUCACUAUUGUGAAGUCUGCUGACAUAUCUGCAUCCAUACCAUUCUCUGCGGCAUCCUAGUAGUAUCUAAGAAAGGCGAGAACUAUCAGCCUUUUCUAAAAGGGACAUGAUGAGAUUCAUUGUUUCUCGGUUCCUUUCUUGCCUAUCCAAAUGUUAGGCAUUGCCUUUUAUUCCAUUGCCCAACCCCAACAUGAUGCAUAGAGGCAACACAAGAUCAGAGCACUAUGGCCUUGUAUUUUUACCAGGGAAUUUGUCUCAUUGCUUUUGGAAGAGGUUAAUUGGUUUAAUGUAAUUAUCAAUCUGGCCUCAUGUUAGAUUUACGGAUCUUCUCGGACCCUUCAUAAACAUAAGUUUAAGAAAGUUACGGAGGUUUAACACACUUGUUAGUUAAUUUAUUUAUUUAUAUUUUUAAAAUGCAAAAAAUAAACUAUUAACCUGUAAAAUUUACAGGGGCAAAAAAGAGAAGUGUUAGUUUACAUGUGGACACGUGGUCUCAUCAGUAUGGGGAGUACACGCUGCCCCUUUGAUGUUUUUGUUAAGUGAUGAUUUACCCAAGCAAAAAAAACUUUUUCUUUUCUUUUUUCUUUUUUGUCAUCCUGUUGGUGUCAUUUUUUGGUUUUUAAAGUGUUCACAAAUGGCUUUUUUAUUGAAACUCAGGCUUUCUUUAAGUAAUUAAGUUCAUUAUGCGGUUUUCAAUAGUACCAUUCUUAUUUCUUAUUCUCUGAACGGAUGUCUUGAAUGCUUAAUUUAAAUUCCUACUUAUAUACAGGUAAAUUCUAGUGCACCUGUGCUAAUCUGUUGCUCCAUUCUACAAUCAAUUACAUCAAAUCUGGGCAGAUCACAAUCUAAUUUCACUGUUCAGUUAAAAAACCCCAAAAGGUUUCAAAUUCUGCAACUUAUAUUGUAAAUGCUGGAACUUCCCAUGUGGUUUUAAAUGAUUUCCUUUUUUGACACUGACCCCUCAUCAGUGUUGGGUUUAUUACACAGCAGGUUAAAAUGAUUGAACUUUAUACCUAGUUUUGAGGUAUUAUAAUGCCAGAUAGAGAAUUGUAAUUUGGGGUAACAGCUGAAUGCAAAGACAGACUCUUUGAUGGUUCCAGCAAGUGUGUCUUUAUGAUGAGCAGAUGUUUUUACUAUGGAAAGAAAUAUGUAUUGUGCUGUAGGUGGUUUUGUAGUUUUGUUUUAUACUUUUUAUAAGCUAAGAGUUGGUUAGAAAUGAAUAUCCAAUGCUGAAUGUAAUGAAGAAAGUUAUAGGUAAAAUGUGGUUUCAUAGACUGAGUAAAGCAAACGUCUUGAAGGUAUUCUGGCCCAUUGUCUCAACGAGGAUUUCAUGAAAGCAUUAUUAUUGUUUUUCGUUGGCACUCGGAGGUGGUAGAACUAUUUUAUUGUUUUUUUGUAUACUUUGGCUUGGACCAUGGAUUGCUGCAACGGCAGGCAUGAAAUUGGAAAAGUAUGUUGUAAAGGUUAACCUCCUCAAAGGGAAAUGUGUUUUCAUAAAGUAUAGCUCUUUAAAAAAAAAAGAAAUAAACGAGCGUUAAGGGUUUCAGACUAGAGAGAUUUAAAAUGUAUAAUCUUUAAAGGGGUUUAUUAAAGGAUGCAACUAAUAAAAUGACUUGUUGAAUACAAUGUAGCAGUUAAAACAUUAUUAAUCCAGAGCCUACAUAAAAUUAGAUUGUUUCUUCUCUUGAUUAGUGGCAUUUGUUACAAUUGGCGUUUGAACGGAUGUGCCUAUCAUGAGGCACACUGAGACGGCAGGCAAAAACAUUGAAAGAAUUGGUUUAAAUUGUGUGGUGGUUUUUCUUGCUGCACAUUUGUGCGUUCUACCUUGACAUGGUGACAUUGGCUCACGGUGUUAGUUUGUUGAAGGGGCUGGAGCGAUGCCGUCUCACUCGCCGCCUCAGAUGGUUUGCAGAAUUCCUGAGCGUUUGUCUGUUAUAACGACAGGUGGGAAAGAGCGAACUGUCUGUGACCAAAGAGGGCUUAAUAAAGCAGGUGAUUUAAGAAUGUGCUUUAAAUAAUGUAACGUUAAUAAGAGUUAUGUUUGUGCACAGUAGUCUGAUAAAUACAUUGUUCCGAUAUUCAGUACUCCCCAGGGGUGCAUUUUGUCAUCGUUUUUUGCUGUCCAAUAGCCUCAAUCCUUGUGACAUAUCUAUUGUAAGAAAUGGAUAUCCUGUAAUUGAAUAUCUUGUUAAGAUAAACCUUUUAGAAGUAUAGGUUGGUGAUUCAGUUCUCAAUGAUGCUCAUCUGUGCACUUCACCGUAUAUUAUACAGUAGCACAUUUUCCUCUAUGUGAGGGAGAAUUAGCGAGGUUACUCACCCAAUCGUUCCAGAGGCAUUUCGUGGUCAUCACAGAGAAUUGAAUCACCAUAGGUGAUGGGGCUUUUGUAGGAAUAACAUUUUCAAUUUAACAAUUUCAAUAUUUAUUUAUUUUUAUAUAACAUUUGCUCAAUAUAAAUGGUCUGUAUCUUUUCUUAUGUUGCAAACAGGUAUCUAGUAGCAUGGAUUACAUGAGUGUCCCUUUUUUAAAGUUGUUGGGCUAAAGUAUUAACAUUUGUGAGCUUUCUGCUCCUAAUCCAUAAAAUGUUGUCUUUAGCGUCUGUACAUGGUUACAGCCUCUUCUAUGUGUAACAUUCUGCUCUGCUUCUCUGAAACAUGCAACAGUGUUUCAGUAUUUUCUACUCCACAAUACAUAUCAUUCAACAUAUUCCAAUGAAAAAGUGGGGUUGUUUCAGCUCUAUGGAGCAGAGUUUGUUUAUGAAGGUGUCUUGAGUUGUAUCCAUUACAUGUAGUUUUUGUCAAAUUCCCUGGAUAAUAUGACAAGGCUCUUUAGUUCCAGAAACAGAAUGUGAGGCUUGAAAAGACGGCAAAUAUUGUGCUUGUCAUUUAGCGGGGGGAAAACAUUGGUCUGUUUCUGAUAAGUCCUACACUUUCAGGAGCUUGUGUCAUGGAGCCAUACCAGUCCACCCUAGUCUUUAGGGGAAGUGGCCACACAAGGUCUUCAAACCAAUUUUAAGAAAUUCAUAUAUUGAUUCUAUAUUAUAAUACACUAUUGUGUGUUUAUUUAGGUGUUUUUUUCUGUUUUUUUUUUUUUUUUUUCAAAUACUAUUUAUUUGACGUGUGCCAAAUGAUUUUGGCUAUGAAAUGUCGAGCCCGAAACAGUGACUCCUUUCCUCCUUCCCUACUGGGGUGGGGUGGUGAUGGAAAGUGUUACAAAAUAAAAGGGAGAACAGGGACCUGGGCGUCAUUAUGCUGAUGAUACCAUGGUAAUGGUAGGUAAUCCAUAUUGGAUGUCCAUAAGGAACAUAUGGAAAUAUUUAAAGAGAUUUAAAAAAAAAAAAGUUUUAUCGUACAGAGGUUUUGUUUUUUGUUUUUUAUGGUGGGGGAAAAAAAUCGAAUUGUUUCUUUUGACGUUUAAUUAUGCAGUUCUAUAUUGGAAAACAAUGCAAAUAAUAUGGGUUACUGUGAAGAUAUUUUUCAGGGUAAGAGGACAGAAAAUUAUCCCCCUUGAUCUCUAUAAGCCAGCCAUAAUGGACGUCAAAAUCAUAAAUUGUUUGGAAAAAGUGUAUCGUAACCUCUUGCAUACUGCAACAGCCUGCCAUUGAAGACUGAACCUGGGAUGUUGCGGUGUGCAAAGGGUUAAUGUUCAUCUAUUCUUUCUUGCUGUACAACUCUGUCAUCUAAUAGUUAAUGUUUGUUAUGCUAUUUUAAAGACUUAAUGAUUAUUGUGUUGUGUGUCACUGAAUUUAGUUUUUUUUUUUCCAUGUCCCCACCACACUCCUUUUCAUCAAUGUUUUGUCCAAGAAAUGUGCUCGGACUUAUCUGUUGAAUGCCAUAAAGUCCUUGUUUAACACUUCUUUCAUAGUAUCAUACCCAUGUGCAUAUAGCUGUUUGAUCUGAAACAUUUUUUUUUCUGUCUCCUCCUAAUUGUGUUUAUAAAAACAUGCCUCUUUAAAAAGUGUUAAUGCAUUUCAUAAAUUAUUGCCAGUUGCAACAUAUUUGAGGGUUCUCCCCAAUUGUUAGCUUGGGCUGGUUGUGCAGCGUUAAUGAUUACGUCAGUGGGACUACAGUUCAUUGGCAUUUAACGUGAUGCAAACAUUUGGGCGCCUAGAACGUCAUUCCCUCUCUCUUUAUUAAUUACUGGCUGGUCGCUAGAAGAGGAAAAGCAAAUCAGUCUAGCUGACUGCUAUUGCGGAUACCCGACCAUCUUAAAAUAGACUGGAAACCUAAAGAAAAAUGAUGGUAUUUAUUGAAUUGUAUGUGCCCUCCUGUAACUGUUUUAAGUUGCUUCAUUUUUCUGGCUCCUUCCUUUUUUUCACCCACAUCAUUGUAUUUGAUUUAAUUUUUGUUGUGAUUAAGACAACAUUUUGCAAUGGUCUUUGAAUGGGAAACCAUUCUAUCCGGACACCAGCUGUGUUUGCACAUCUGUGACCAUGUCUCAUAAACUACUCCACUUCAUGAUAUCAAAGCAUGGUUGAAAUGUGCAAGAAAGAUUAAGCAUCAUAGAAAGUGCACGAGGGUUUACAUGCUAAUACUCAUCUGAAGGUGGAGACCCACUUUAAAGUACCAAUUGCACAUGCAGUAUUAACCGACAUCCAAGGUUGCCUUAAUUUACAUGUACUACUUAAUUGACCGGCUUAAUGAGUUUGAGCUAUUGGGACUGGAUAUCUAAAUAGACGUUGACUGUUAAGGUGGCUUAGAGAAAAGCAGAUGCCCGUUGUCCCAGCUCCAUGAAUCCUUGAUAAAUAAUAACUGUAUAAACAGUGGAUGAUUGUCAUCUCCUUGUACGUCCAUAUUCCCAUGUCUAAUCUACAGCUCUUUCUGUGCCAGUGCAGAACGUUGUCCGUCCACAUUGCUAAUGCGUACAUUGAAGUCUGUGGCCCAAUGCAAUUUUCUUCCUCUGAUCCGGGUUCUGAAUGAUUUCAAGUUGAAUUGUCUAUGCUUGUUUGUAUGUCGUUGUGUCACAUUGUCUUGGGGUAAAAUGCUGCAUUUUCUUCCUAAUUGAUGAUAAUUUAGGGGUUCCAGGUAUUUAUUAUAUAUGUAUCUACAAAGAUGCCUUCAGAUGUUGUCACGUGAGAAUAUCUCCAUGUAAAAUCAUAUCAUAUAUGGCCUGUAUGGGUUGACAAAUUGUAUACUUUCCACAAAUGAUGAUCUUCAUACAUCAAUAUUCUGCCGGUGUAUACCUGUGGUGUUUCCUUCUAGUCUGUUUUUCUAGAUUUGUGUAUUUCAAGUGAAAAUGACUGAUUGCCAAAAGAAAAUGUUAUAUUUCCAUGUAGGAAAAGCCACAGAACAUCCCGUAAUGUCUAAAAUAUCAUGGAGUCUGCUAAUAUUUCAGAUCUAUUAAAUGUUGCAUUCGCCUUAAUCUUAUAGUAGAUAUUUAAACCAACAUACCCAAUUGCUGUAUCAGUGUAGUAGUUGUUGGUGCAUUUUCGGUAAAUUCUAAGAUGCUGCUGUGUUUUUAUUUUAAUUUUAAUGUUUUUGUUUUUUUAGGUGGGGUGGAUUAUAAUUUGGAGACCUAUUAAUAUGACCUAUUGUCUCUAUUAUUAGACAGCCACUCCUUAUGUAUUUCACCCGUCUGGUGCUGGGUGUUUGUGAUAAAUAAAAUUCCUCACGACUCAUGACGAGAAUUAGGUGUUUAGAACCUAACUCAAAAAUCACCCUUCACCAUGGCUUUUCUCUCUGUUCUUUCCCCAUAACAAAUUUUCGAAACUAUGGUAUUUCAAGUGAAAAAGUGAUUGUACGGUGGAAGAGCAUCUACAGUGUUAUAUUGCACAUGUCUGUAAGAGUGACAGCACCUCCAUAAUUGCUACCCCUCACCCUAUAUAUUUGAUAAUAUAUAAAAUGUUCUCAAGCGGUGAAAUUGUGUAACACAUUUGGAUGUAAACAUGAUUUCCCGGCCAUACCAAUACCUUUUUCUGUUUUGUUUUUUUUAAUGCUCUUUAAAAAUGUGAUUUAUUUCCUCUUGUUUAUAUUUUGUAUCUUGGGUAAAUACCCACCACAAGGAAGUUCAUAUUGCUUUUAUGUCGAUAAGAAUAGAGAUCAUUUGUAGAGUUCAUCGCCUCCUGAUUUCUCUGUGGUUUUUCAGUAGGCUAAUUUCAAUAUUUAUUUUUUUCCUGUGCUGCUUUUUUAUACAUAUAUAAAUAUAAAAAAAAUAAAUUAUUGGGAUAUAUCCAAGUUAAUUGUGGAUUUAUGUUUGUAUGUCAAGACCGUAAUCCUGUGUACUGUAUGUGUGCACCAAUUUCUCCUUAUCUGACAGCCACAAAGUAAUUUAUUGCUGUAUAUAAUACUGCUGUGACUGGUUUUGUACCUUUCCAAUAAACAGUUCUCAUUGA